AUGUCUAUUCGAACAAAUCCCAUGAAAGCAGUGCCUACAUUGUUGAAGCGGCUGGUGACAGUAGAGAAACAACUCAAACAAGUGAAUUUGAAUGAUUUGAAGUCUGAGUUGAUUAGGAUAAAGGACCUGUUUUCCUUAGUGAAGAAAAAUGAAGAAGAACUCCUUGACACAUUAACAGUCCUGGAUGGCUAUCUUCGCAACAAAAACAUAAAUAAGUUGACAGAAGAGGAGGGACACAUUCGCAAGAGAAUAAGAGAAUCAACUCAAAAGUUGCUGCCUGCUGGUGAAAUCCAAAGUACUAAUAUAGAGGAUUCUCAGUCAUCAAGAAAACUCCCUUCGAGCCUACAACGUGAGGAGUUGGAAAUGAUUGAGGUAAAUUGUAACAAACUUGAUCAUGUUGGAAAACGUUGCUUGUUGUCUCUCUUACAUUUCCCUGAAAAUGCUGUUAUGAAGAAAAGUAAUAUAAUUCUCUGGUGGGUUGGAGUGGGUUUAACAGCAAAUGAAAAUGGUGAGGAUGUGUUUGACAAGCUUAUGGAUAAUAAAAUAAUUGUACCGCAUCGUAGUGACAAGUAUCCCAUUGAGAAUAAAUUUAGAAUUAAUCCUUGUGUCCAUCAUAUCCAUAAGUCAGGGAAGUUGUUGUUAGAAAAUGAUGAAAAGCAGCCUUUACAAAUUAUAACCCCAUCUCAUCAUAGUGAUUCAGGUACUUAUUUAGCACUUGACAAACAAAAGGUUAAACUAAGUGAUCAGUUUGGUUUUAAAUCCAACAAUUGCAGAAGUGUUUUUAAUGUUGGUGCAAGUUAUCUUAAUUUUGGACCCCAAUGGAUGGCCAAAAUGAAGCAUUUGGAGGUGCUUCAACUGGGUCGUUGGCUGCAAGGUUCACCAAAACAUCAUAUUGAAGUGGAGAGUGAAGAAUUCUUGAAGGAGUUAAGGGAUCAAAAGGAGUUGAAGUAUCUUAGCCUUCGCGGGAUAUCAAGAAUAUCUGAACUGCCACUCUCCAUUUUUCAACUCGAGAGCCUAGAAACUCUCGAUCUGAAGGCCUGCCACAAUCUAGAAACAUUACCUAAUGAUAUUGCAUCAUUGAGAAACCUCAGACAUUUGGAUUUGUCUCAGUGUUACUUGUUGGACAGAAUGCCAAAGGGGAUUGAAAAGCUGGCUAAGCUUGAAGUACUCAAGGGAUUUGUAAUAGGUAGUUCUAUCAAGACUCCCUGCAAUGUAUCAGAUCUUGCACAUUUGUCAAAACUAAAGCAACUCAGCAUACAUAUAGGAAGUGGGGCCGUGAUCCAAGAUAAAGAGUUUGAAAGCUUGGAAAAGUUGUCUGAACUUGAGAAACUCAAAAUAUCAUGGGGUGUGUUUGACACAAGGUACAGUGCUAUUCAGGUCACUUUGCCUUCAAAUUUGAAAAAGUUGCAUCUUGAAGGGUUUCCUGGACAAAAUAUACCAGAAUGGUUGAAGCCUGACAAGAUAAGUACGAGUUUGUGUGAGCUAUCUAUAACAGGAGGAAGACUCAAAAGUAUGGAUCUUCAACAAUAUGCUCACGUGUCUUGCUCAUUACAGAUCAUACGUCUCAAGUACCUAAAACAUUUGAAGCUUGAUUGA